UUAGACAUUCGAACGGUACGGACGUGCUCUCAAAAAGGUGCUAUAAGGGAACUUUUCCGCAUACGUCGUCGUAUUGGUCGUCGUGAACUCACAUCAAAUCCAAAUUAAAUUUAAUCUAUCUCAAUUCAAUUGUAUCUAAAAAGUAAAUUAUCAAUAAAAAAGAACAAACCAACGAAAAUUUGCGUCUAAACUUCUAAUUUAGAGCUUGAGCUAACACUUCUAAAGGUUUCCAAGUUUCCAGUAUAGUUCGAGUAGUUAAACAUACUUUUGGUGUUUUUAUGGUGCACACGAUUUCCCAUUGAAUUUCACGCACUAAUAGUUUUGACCGUUGGGUAAUUCGUUCGAGUGCUUUAUUAAUCUGCUUUUUUUUUGAAAAAGCAAAUUGAAAAUAGAAGAAAAAAAACACAAAUUUAUAUAAACAACAACAAACGAAUGUGUAUCGAAUAGAUACAAACAAAUAAUAAUUAUCUUAUCGUUACGUUUUUUGAUUGCCAUAAGAAAGUGAAAUUUGUUUUCCCCAUAUUUCUUUUUUUGCUCAUUUAUGUGCGGUAUUCGAUUGGUAUUAAGGAAAAAAGAAAUAAAUAUUCAAGUAAAAAAAAACUGAAUAAUUAACGGAAUCAAUGGAUUGAUGCUCAAGCAAAAGAUUUGCAUAAAUUACAGCUACCGAUACCUUUCGAUCGUGAAGAUAUCUAUAUUGAUCUAUUGCCUUUAAUGAUUUUUUUCCGGAUGUUUACAGUCGUAUCGGUUUUGUGAAAGUGUUUUUUGUAAUAGUUUUUUUCUUUGCUUUUUUUUUCUAUAAAAGGGAUUAUUGUGGUUUGAUUUUUUUUUUUUUUGUUUUCUAAUAAAACCAUAUUAUUGUCAGAUACGUGUUCAAAUAAAAAUGAUAUCCAAACUUGGAUUAGCUGGUUUCUUGUUGGUUGCUGUUUUGAGCAUAUAUGGGUGCGAUGCCAAACCUGCAACAGAGUCUAGUGCAAUGACUGAGGCGAAAAAUGACAAAUUCCCAGAAGAAGACUCUGACAUGUUGAUGGAGCCAAAUGAUUUUUCGCCAGUCUCAGUGAUACGCUCACAAGGACGCCAGUACUUCCCUUCCACAACCGAUUUCUAUCAUGAAGAGCCACCGAAUACUGAAAUCGAUCCGCCGCAUGCGGCACAAAAUUUCUAUCCAUCAUUCUUCAGAGACUCUCCUCCUCUAGGACACUCUCGUCCUUACUUUCCCCCGCCACAUCCACUCGACGGACCAAUUCCAACACCACAAAAAUUCGUAGCUCCACAUCCCACCAGAGGUUUUGAUCCAGCAAUCUUGGGUUCAGGUGAUUUCGGUAUAAUUCGUGGUGGUACAUUUUACCCUGAAGACGAAAUGCCAUAUCAUCCAGAAGAGAACAGUGAAUUCAACCAAUUCUACGGUGAGAAUGCAAACAAUGGUCAUGGCCGACCCCAGGGCGAUGAAUUAGUACAAAAAUUCACCUACCCUGAGGAACAAUUUGCAAAUUUCCGAGAUUUCGCUGAUAUCAAUACUCCAGCUGAUUCUGCCUUUUCGCAAUUUGUUGUUGUUUAUGCAGCCAAAAAUGCUACUUCAACUACUGCUGAACAUCCCAGACCGAAGAAUAUCUUCGAGCAGCUCGAACUCUUGGAUAAGGAAAAAGCCCUCGAAGAGAAGAAGAAUCGCAUUAGUAAGUCAAAAGUCAAACUUACCAGUACAAAGCUCGAGAAGAAGUACAAAAAGAAAACAGCUCCAAAGGACUUAGACUAUGAACCUCUUUUAGCGCUGAGUUAAACAGCUGUUGUAGCCAUUGUGAGCUAUUCAUUUCUGAGGACUUUCACACUAAAUUAUAUAAGUUAAGUGGUGAGAUAUUGGAAAUAUCUAACCGCAAACCACAUUAAAUGAAAUAUUUUAUUUUUCGUUCUUAAAUUAUACUAUACUAUAUUAUGUAAAUCAUAAAAAAUGACUAUUUUAAUUAUUUUAUUUACCAUUGAUAUGACGACAGCAUGACAUUUGUUUUUUUAUUUCUUUCAUCAAUAUCUAUUUCACUUUAUUUUUAUUUUUAUUAUUUUUCAUCAAUCCUGUGAGAAACAUUUAAAUUCAUCAACAAGACGAAAAUCAACAUAAUGUAUUAACAUAAUUUUAUUUACAUAAAUAUUUAAAUUAAGUUAUAUGAAAAAAAAAAUGUCAGAAAAGAAAAAAAAAUAUAAACAAAAUAUAUUCCACUAUGUGUAAAUUAAAUUUAAAUUAAAAAUAAAUGCUGAUUUGUAAAGAGAAGUUAGGCUUAAUACUUUUAGAACUAAAGUCUAUUUGUAAGACGUUUAGAAAUACUUUAAAAAUGUAAAGUUUAUCUUAAUAAACGGAUUUAAUUUUUUUUUAAGGA